GGCGGCGGUGGCGGCCGCUCACCUCUCCUUCGUCGCUCUUGAAUUCUUGCAGUUUGACUCGAUUCAAACCAGGGCUUUCUUCUGGCGGCUGUGAUACGCGACAUUGGUUGUUAUGUACUGACUGUCUCAUUUCCCCGUUUGGAAAUACACACAAAACUUGACAUGCGAUUUCGGAAAACGAUAACCAAAAUCAACCAACUGGCUGGCUGGACUGCGAAUGCGACUGAAUGCGCUUAGUGUCAUCGUCCUGCUCCUUCUCCAACUCAACGUUUCAACGUUUCAAAAGUGGAAAGCUGGGAUUCAACAACCGAACGGCUGAAACUCGACAAGCCCACUUGUUCGGAACUGUGCACCGAUCAAACCAACAUUAUUACACCAAACCAGCCCCGACAGUACCGUGACCUACAAUCACCUUGUCUACCAUUUCUUAGAGUUGAACGAAACCAUCACCACGGGACGAGUCUACCUCUAGCCGCUUGAACCAUCUGACCAUUGUGCGACACACACCAACCGACGUCACCGUGUUCGAGCGCCCCUCUUUUGUCUAGAUCGUCUCUGACGACGACGACGACGACGCCUCCCGACCCUGUUUUUCUGUUGGGAGAAACCUGUCUCGGAAAUAUCCAAGACCUUAGUCUUCACUUAAUCCGCCAGACUUACACACCAUUAAAUGUUUCCUCUUUCUCUUCAACCACCGCCACCUCCAGGACCCUUAGCGCCGGGUCUUGCUCCCCUCAGCGCAACACCGCCUUUAUCUUUGUCAGGACAGCGUCGCAAUGUUGAUAUCCGCGAAGACAUACCGGUUGUAAGAAUAGCCGGCGGUACUCUGCCCUCUCACCAUCGUCUGCGCAUCGGCACAGUCAACAGCCUCCAUCGUCGCCUAGGUGGCGAGGCAGCUGCUGGUGCGGAUACCCGUCCCGAUUACUUUGUCGACCCGCAAGUAGACACCCAACUCGACGAUCCCGACGCCCAAGACACGGAACCACAACCAUUCGAAACCUUUCCUCACGUCGUCAACCCACCUGCUCCCACCGGGACCGUUAUAUCCGUCACCAUGACUCCCACAUCGCAACCUACGUCGUCAACAUCACCACAACCAGCCUCCCCCAUGGCUCAUCAAACAGACAACAACACCGAAUGCCGCCUACUCGGCCCUUUCGCCAUCCUCGUCCAAAUUGCCCUCGGCUGCUUGGCUCUAUUAUCACUCGUCUACAAGCGCUGGCGCGAACGGCCACAAAGACCGGUCAAGAUCUGGUUCUUUGAUGUGUCGAAACAAGUCUUUGGGAGCGUCUUGGUGCACGCCGCCAACGUGUUCAUGUCCAUGUUGACAAGCGGCAAGUUUGAGAUCAAAGUGUUGGAUCCGGUGGCAGUGGCGGUGGGGACCAAGAUGGUGAAGCGCGCUGUGGAAUAUGGGAUAUUGAGUGCGAGAGGAGAAGACGAGUACACGCCCAAUCCGUGCUCGUUUUAUUUGUUGAACUUGGCUAUUGAUACAACCCUCGGCAUCCCAAUCCUCAUCCUCAUCGUCCGCCUCCUCUCCCGCGGCCUCCAAUACACCCCCCUCGGCCAACCUCCCGAAUCCCUCCAAUCCGGCAACUACACCCCGCUCCACUCCCCACCCGGUACUAAACCGCGCUGGAGCUGGUGGUUCAAGCAAUCCAUCAUCUACUUCAUCGGCCUCUUGGGCAUGAAGUUCUGUGUGCUCAUCAUCUUCAUGGUCUUCCCCUGGAUUUCGCGCGUGGGCGACUGGGCCCUCGGCUGGACCGAGGGAAACGAACGAUUGCAAAUCAUUUUUGUCAUGAUGCUUUUCCCGCUCAUCAUGAACGCGUUGCAAUACUAUAUUAUUGAUUCGUACAUCAAGAAGGACGAGAAGAUUCCUGAGGAAGGGGCGGAGAGUGAAGGAUUAGUCACGGGACGGGGAGAUGCCGAGGCUGCGGGUGCUGAGGAGAGGGGAAGGGGAAGAGGGGUUUAUGAUAUCAUCAGUGGGAGUGAUGAUGAUGCGGGUAGUUCCGGGGAUGGUGAUAGUGAUGGACAGGAAGAUGAGGAGGAUGAGCUGCCCAAGGACAAAGCUGCUGAGUUAAUGGUCGGUCAUAAAAAGAGGGGGUUCAAGACCAGGACCAAAGCAGUGAGGGAAGAGGAAUAUGAUCCGGCGGUGGAUGGAGAUACCCCGACCGUCAUUGGGAGUAGCUCUAGUGCGGUGUCGGGUGUGUCGGUGAAGGAUUGAAGGAGUCUGAUUUCUAUUCACGAUUGACAGGGGAUGAAAGGACAUGUUAGUUGACCCGCCUUUCGUCUGACGUUUUGUCUGGCGUUACUAUCUCUUGUUAGGGUUCUCUCUCAUCCCUUCCUUUUAUCAGUAUUUUCAUCCCUUUUGAGCCCGAAGAAAAAAACGAAACAUGGCAAGCAGGCAAGUAGGCAGUUCAGCGGAGGUUCCCCCACAUGAGAUCCUGGGAAAACUAUUUUACAGCAAUCAGUCAGUUAUGUCCCUUUACAAAGACGGAGACGGAGAAGGAGAAGAAGGAGAAAGAGGAGGAGGAGGAAAACAGCAUCCAUCAAAUCAGCAUCAUUAUUAUUAUAUAUACAUACGUUUGUUCACUGGGUUAAGCAUGGGAUGGAUGAUUAUCGGUAAACCAGCCAGGCAUUGAAUUGGAUUGAAUUAUAAGCGUUUCUCUUGUGGGAAAUAUUGGUAGUGGUGGUAGUAGUAGUAGUAGUAUAGUUAAGAUGAACACGCAUCAAGGAAGAAGAAGAACCAUUCAUUCAUUCCAUUGAUUAACUAGGUAAUGCAGAAAAUGUUCCUUAU